AUGCAUCAUAUUCACAUAACAUUGCAGGUUCGUCCUUAUAUACCAAGAAGAUACCGCGUUGCUUCAUCAUGGAAAUUACUCUACAGUCUCGAUCAGCAUGGCGUGAGUCUAUAUACCCUGUAUUCAUUAACAAGAGACUAUGAUGGCCCAUGUAUCUUGAUCAUAAAGGAUGCGGAAAACCAUGUUUAUGGCGCCUAUCUGAGUCAUACUUUGGCAUGCCAAAAUAAUGUUUAUUACGGAACAGGGGAAUGCUUUUUAUGGAAGUUGACUUCAGACCAUCAGCAACAGCAUCAUAUAGCACCCAAGAUUAAAGUGUUUCCUUGGACAGGAAAGAAUGAUUAUAUGAUUUUAUGCAAUUCUGACUUUAUUGCUAUCGGUGGAGGUGAGGGUCAUUUUGGUUUAUGGCUCAAUUCCGAUUUAGAAAAAGGGUACAGCACCACUUGUCCUACUUUUGACAACGAAUGCCUAGCAUCAAAGCCUCAAUUCCAAUGCAUGGAAUUAGAAGUCUGGGGGCUUGUCAGUUAA